AUCCUUUUAGUUACCAUGUGAACUUUUCAAUCGCCUGACCAGUGUGACCUUCUGAGAUCGUUUUUCAACCAUCUUGGUCUGGUCAUCGAUUGGAAGAGAAUAAUUAAUUAUAAAAGAGAAUAGAAAAAAAACAAUCAACCAGUGGAAAAGAAAAUGUUUCAUGUGAUCGUCAAUUCAUCUAAAUGUUAUAAGUGACAUUCUCUCAUAUGUAAUUAGUGCCAUCAAAUUGUUUCCAUUAUGUAUCCUGGUACAUUUUCAGUGUUUAUUUUGACAUCUUUUCUCUCUCAUUUACUAAUUUAAUCUGAAUUGUUUACUGUGAUUGUUUCGUUUGCAAUUAAUAAAUUACCGUGAAACAAUUGAGGAUAAUAUUUGCCACCAACUUUCGAGAAGCUCAUUCGCUCUCUCACCCGUCAUAUUGGCUUCAAGAGGUAACAACUUAAUAUAAUUAACAAGACUCAAAUUCUAUUCUUUUUUUUUCUCGUUCUCUCUCUCUCUCUCUCUUGUUUCGUUUUGUUCUUUACUUCAUGUGUUUUUUUUAAUUGAAAAAAGAAGAAGAAUUGUCCACAAUACCUCAAGACAAAGAGAGAAAAGAAGAAGAGAGAGAGAAAGAGAGGGAGUAAAAUUUUCGCUCCAUAACUUUGGCUCCAAGGAUAACCAUCAUUCUCAUCAUCAUUAUCAUUAUCCACCAAUCUAUUAACAUAAUCGUCAUUGGUAGACAAAAGCUUAAUCUUGAGAGACCUUAAGCCUCCAAGGAAAAAGAAGUUCUUGAAAACAUCAAAUUCAAAUUCUCUUACCAAAGCUUAAGUUUAAAAGAGAAGAUAUUCUUUUUGCUCCUCCAUCUUGUCUCUCAUCGUUUUCUUCUUCUUCUUUUCUGUGGUUCUUACCUUAUUUUUCCCUCUACUUUCAUCUUCUCAUCAUCUUUCUAAUCCAUCAACGAUUCUUAUGCAACUAAACAUUUCCUUCUGGCCAUUGACUGAAGUUUCCUCUUCAUUGAUCCAUCGUGUUUCUUUUCAUUAAUUUAAUUUCAAAUUAUGUCCACAUUAUCAUCUUCAAGAAUCUUGUGGUUACCUCGAAGACGUAAAAUUAAAAACUAACCAAACCAACAAUCAACUUGAAAAGAAGAAAAUAUCGACAACAAUUAACGAGUUCCAUUGGUGGUAACAGUGAAUUUCCAAGUGGUUACUCCACCGCCCCUCUCAUCUCAUCUCAUCUCAUCUCUCUCUCUCUCUCUCUCUCUCUCUCUCUCUCUCUCUCUCUUUCUUUCUUUCUUUCUCUCUGUGUUUAUUUUUCUUUACUCUUCAACAUCUUCAUCUACUCCAGUCAAGAAAAGUUCCCAUGAAGCUAGUAGACAAUCACAGAUGAGCCUUUCUGUCUCAUCUUGGUCUUCAAUUGCGACAUUUUCUCUUCAUUACCUGUGUCAAGUUUCACUAAAGUGAAACAAUUGGUCCUCUCUCAUUGUGAAUUUCUUCAUCCUGAUAAAUUGUCACACAAAUUCCAUAGACAUUAAAACUCAUCAUCAACAAGUCUGGAAACUUGUCAACAACAAAAUCAACUGUGUCUUAUUGUCAUUUUGUGUUCUACAAGUGAAAAUAAAAUUUAUCAUCAAGAAGAGGAAAAAAAAUCAAUUCCAACUGACAAUUUGAUAAACUUUUUCUUUUCUAACAAUCACAUUUGAUUGUCACUUUCGUUAUGAAUCAACAUUAUUUCCCUCUGUUUUUACCUGUGAUAAUUAUUCCGUUUAUUGCCUCUUGCUUCCUAUGGUCAGUGGCUAAUUGUGAUAUAAGCUCUCGGAAUGUUAAUAAUAAUGAGGAUAAAAAGAUUUGCUCAACAAAGGCUUGUAAAGAAACAGCUGAUCGCAUCUGGAAUGGUAUGGACACUAGUGUUGACCCUUGUGAUGAUUUUUAUCAAUUUUCUUGUGGUAAUUGGCUUAGAAAAACAGUUAUUCCCAAGGAUAGAAGUUGGUGGUCAGUUUGGGCCUUAUCUCGAUUAACAUUGAAGAAACAAUUAAAAAAAUUACUAGAAUCAAAGUACAAUCCACGAGUUCACAGGUCACCGGUCAUCGGUAGAUUACUUCACUUCUAUUCUGAAUGUAUGGACAAGACUCGAAGAGAUGAAGUGGGUGUUGGUUCUUUGUAUGAAAUACUCGAUUCAAUCGGAGGUUGGCCUGUGAUCAACAAAUCAUGGGACAAAAGAGGCUACAGUUGGUUUGACAGUUAUGUUAAAUUGAAAAGUCACUUGGGUGCUAAUUAUUUGGUCAAAGUUUACAUUGAUGUUGAUCUGAUGAACAACACUCAGCGUGCAAUUUAUCUUGACCCACCAGAAUUGGACAUAAGUAUCCACGAGUAUGAGUCUCGGACAUUUGCCAAAGCUUAUAAAAGAUACAUGAGAGACAUUAUUGAACUUUUACGAGUUGAUAAACUUUCAAAGGCUCGAAUUGACUCAGAUGUCGAGAAUUUAUAUCAAUUUGAGUAUUCACUUCAAUCCCUAAUUAACACUGGACUUCUACAAAAAGAUCAACUUAAUCCUUAUCGACGAAUGACCAUUUCGGGGCUAAUACGAGAGUUUAAAGGGAUUAACUGGCGAACCUUAAUGGUUAACUUGUUUCGUUGGUCAAACACUGACCUUUCUGAAAGCGAUGUUUUCAUCAUUGAAAAUCGUGAUUACUUUAAGCAAUUAGGGAGUCUUCUUCGUAAAACACCCGAACGAACCAUAGCCAAUUACCUUGGUUGGAGAUUUAUUUUGGGCUUUGGUGAUUAUACUGUGAGUCAAUUCCGUCAGUUGAGAUUUAAAUUUCAAAAAGCUCGAAAAGGAUUAAAAUCACCAGAAAAAGAUUGGGAAUUUUGUUAUAAUCAAUUAGAUAAUUAUUAUCACUUUGCUAUGGGUCGUCUUUACAUAGACAAUUAUUUCAAUUCGACUAAUAUAAAAAAAGUGGAAACUCUUGUAAGAUACAUUAAAGACUCUCUAAAGGAAGCUUUCAAUAAACAGACUUGGAUGGAUCCACUAACCAGAAAGAAAGCUAAACGGAAGUUAAAUAAUAUGGUCUCUGUGGUCGCUUAUCAACCAUGGAUUCGGGAUAAUGAACAAUUAGAAAAAUUUUAUAGUGAGCAAACUGUGAUGCCAGGUGACUUCAUUGGAACUAUAUUAAAAUUUGAAAAAAUCGAUGCAAGUAAAAAGGUUCGAGCUCUUCGUUAUCGAGUCAAUCGAUAUGCUGUUCGUUUGUCAGGACCAGCAAUAGUCAACGCUUUCAAUUACAUUGAUCUCAAUUACAUCCAGUUUCCAGCGGCCAUUUUGGGUCCUCCAUUUUUUACUAGUGAUGUUCCGGAUGCUCUCAACUUUGGUGGCAUCGGAAAAACAAUUGGACAUGAAAUAAUUCAUUCUUUCGAUGACGAAGGUAAACAACAUGAUAAAGAUGGAAAUCUUCGUAAUUGGUGGUCACCAGGUUCAACUAAACGUUAUAAUGAACGAGCUCAAUGUUUCAUUGAUCAAUAUGAUCAGAUGGUCGAUCCAGAUACUGGAUUAUCAAUUAAUGGGAUUAAUACGCAAGGAGAAAAUAUUGCUGACAAUGGAGGGAUUGACAUAGCUUUCAAUGGUUAUAAAAAGUUCAUUAGUCGCUCAGUUUCAGCAAGAAAUGAAAGAUUACCUGGACCAAUGUCUUCUUUCACAUCCGAUCAAUUAUUUUUCCUCUCAUUUGCCUCUAUUUGGUGUGAAAAGGAAAGACCGGCCUCACUUAAAAAUUCAAUUCUCCAAGGUGUCCAUAGUCCAUCGAGAUUCAGAGUUAUUGGAACUUUAAUGAACAAUGAUAAUUUUGCCAGAGUAUUUAAUUGUCCUCGAGGAUCAUUGAUGAAUCCAGAGCAAAAGUGUAAAUUAUGGUGAAUUAAAUCAUCAAUCAAUUCGAAGGCAAUUUUUUCUUCCUCAUCAUCGAUCGACUGUUGAAAAGUAAAAACAAAACCAAAGUGAAUUCACCAAGAAUCUAAUUUAAAAACCUUAAGUUAAAUGCGAUUAUAGUUGUAAUAAUUUAAUCAUCCCGUCCAAACCAUUGAGAAUCAACAAAUUAACAUUAAUUAAUGUGGAAAUUUAUUUUUUAAACACCAACCAAAUAUCAUUAUCAAAUUAACUAAUCAUUUUCUUGGAAACACACAAACAAAACCCCAACAUUUUGUAUCUCUCAUAACUUCAACUCUCACUUUAUAAUUUAUUGAUGAUCUGAUGUUUUUUUUGUACCAUUUAAAAUAUUCAAAAAAACUUAUUAUAAUUGUAACUAAAUAAAUUUUUCUAAAUUUAUUUGAUCAA